AUGGAUACGACAUUGUCAUCCUCAUUGAAUGGCGGCGAAUUAGAUUCAGCCAGCUCCGGCGGAGCUUCGUCAGAUAAUUCUACACUUAAUCAGGAUAAUAUGCAUUCACCUAUAUCCUAUGGUACUAUUUUCCUGCCGAAUUCAGGCUAUCGUGGUAAUUUAUCAUGUAAAACAGUUUUGCAUUUGGACAAGUUUUCCCCCUAUGCGACGGAUAAGCAAUUGGAGCGACGUUUUCAAGAGAUAACCAGUGAUUUUGAGAAAUCAUCGUCAAAUACAGCAACCACCUCACCGGUCUUUUCUUCCAGUCUAAAUGGUUUAAUAUUCGAUGGGGGAGUUGGGGUAGGAGCACCAAUAGCCGCCGAUCACAAUGGCAUGUCGAAAUCUUCCACAACGACUACUGCCGCUAUAAACAUAGGCUGCAUUGGCUUAACAAAUGUCAAUGCGGCAGAGGGAUUAAGCCGCACUGGCACUGGCCCUCUAAAUGCAACUCCUUUAUUAUCGAGCAGUACCAGCACAAUAUCUCACAACAGCAAUUCAGCAAACAAUCUUCAAAUAGAGAGGAAAUUUCUACAAUUCACCACCGAUCAGAUACAAUGUAUGUGCGAGGCUUUACAGCAAAAAGGUGAUAUUGAAAAGCUCACCACAUUUCUGUGCAAUUUACCCGCUUCCGAAUUAUUUAAGAAUAAUGAAAGCGUUUUAAGAGCGCGCGCCAUUGUGACUUAUCAUCGCGGUCAAUUCCACGAACUAUACAAUUUACUGGAAUCUCAUUGUUUUUCCGUGAAAUAUCAUGAGGAUUUGCAGAAGCUAUGGUUAAAAGCGCAUUAUAAAGAAGCGGAAAAAGUUCGUGGUCGCCCGUUAGGUGCGGUAGAUAAAUACCGGCUACGUAAAAAAUAUCCAUUGCCGAAAACAAUAUGGGACGGUGAGGAGACUGUUUAUUGUUUUAAGGAAAAAAGCCGCAACGCAUUAAAGGUUUGUUAUGAAACAAACCGUUAUCCGACUCCCGAUGAGAAAAAGACUUUAGCAAAAAAGACAGGAUUAACUCUAACGCAAGUCAGCAAUUGGUUUAAAAAUCGACGGCAAAGAGAUCGUACACCUCAACAAAGGCCUGACAUCAUGUCUGUGCUACCAGUUAAUCAACUAGAUGCCAGCGGUUUUCCACGCAUGUUUAACGCGCCAAGCUAUUAUCCCGAAUCUAUAUUUAAUGGUCAAUAACAUUAACAUUAACACUAUGAGUAUUUAUUUUAAGUUUUCAUUCCUUUACGCCCUCCAGCAAACUUUUCAUUUUCUUAGUAAGUGUUUAAGGUAAGUCAGUCUGUUUGUAUGGGUAUAUUAUAUAAAAUGCCUAAUCAAUGCCUAAUUAACGCCUUUGCGUUGAAAACGAUGUGCAAAUGUAUGUUCAACGCUUAAAACAAGAUCAACACCGAUCACUAUGUCUCAGAAGCCGACAUCAAUACAUGUAAAUAUCUCUCUCAUUCCAAAUCGGUUUGGCCGCAUAUCGGCUUUCACAAAUUUAUAAUCACGUCCGCUCACACCGCACACAACCGUAUACUUCGUUACAAGACGAAUAGACGAAAGCUCGAGGCGCUUUAGUUUCGCCUGCUUUAAUAGUUCACGAAAGGCAAUAAGUCCGUUCAAAUGGACAGAUGCUUCGUCGUCACCUUUACAUUAAAUUAAUUAAGCUAUUAAAUUGUUGUGUACCCUAUGUGCUGGAUAUUUGGGGUUCAUUUUGAAAAGAGUCUUGAAACGUUUCACUCAUUGUUUUACGUAAUUCUUUUAAGUCGUUGCAUAAAUCAAAAUCGAAUAUAAUUAAAUAAAAAUUUUUUGUAAAUAGUUCCAAGUCAUCAAAUGG